AUGGAAGGAAGCAAUUUCUUUAGUGUGAAUGUUGAUAAUAUGGGUCUUGUUUCGAAUCUUGUCAUGCCUUCCAAGUUCAAAGUUCCUGAGUUUGAGAAGUAUAAGGGGCAUACUUGUCCAAGGAUUCAUUUGACCAUGUAUUACAGAAAGAUGACUGCUUAUACCAACAACCAGAAUUUGCUCAUUCACUGCUUUCAGGAUAGUUUAAGUGGUGCUUCGUUGAAGUGGUACAUGAGUUUAGAAAAGGGUUGUGUUCAAAGUUUCCAAGAUUUAGCUGAUGCAUUCAUGAAACAGUACAAGUAUAAUCUGGAUAUGGCACCCGAUCAUCGUCAACUUCAGAAUAUGGCUCAGAAGGAAAAGGAAUCUUUCAAAGAAUAUGCUCAACAUUGGAGAGAAUUUGCUUCCCAAGUUGAACCACCUCUGUCUGAGAAGGAAUUGACCAGCUUGUUAGAAGAAGGAAUCAGGAAAGGAAAAGUGUCUGUUGCUGUUGAUUCUUUAAAGAAACCUUUUCGGGGCUUCCAAAAGAAGAAAGAAGGUGAAACUAGUGCUGUUGAAAGGCCUCGACAGAGAGCUCAACAUUGUGAUCAACCUCAGGUAGCUGUUGUUCAAAUUCCUCGUCAAAAUGCUGGUCAGAAUCAGAAUCGUGCUGCAAGGCCUAAAAAAGAGUUUGAUCCUAUUCCGAUGACAUAUACUGAAUUGUAUCCUCACUUGGUUCAACUAGGUUUGAUUACCACAAGGUCUUUUACUCCUAGAGAUCCUCCUCCUGCUGGAUUCAGGGAUGAUCUUCAUUGUGAAUUCCAUCAAGGAGCUGCUGGUCAUGAUUUGGAGCAUUGUUAUGCACUGAAGGCUAGAGUGCAAGAUUUGACUGAGAAACCGAGAGAUGGCCGUGAGAUUCUUCUUGUUUAUUUUGCUGAUCAUUGUGAGAGGUGGAGAGUUACCAUUGUUGUGGUUUCUGAAGCAGAGCGUGUUUCAGAGAAAGAAGAGGAUACAGAGGACCGAAUUUUGAGUGAUAGAGGCGGGUUGGUUCUUAGACUUUAG